AUGGGCUGCGACGGCUUCUGCCAGUCGGGAGUGGGGGAGCUAGACUGUGCGGCCCAUACUCCAGAGAUCCAUGAGUUGUGUAUAUCUUUGAUUCUGGGUGUAGCAAUUAUUUCGGCUCACAAAACAUUCAAGAUUAAGCAGAAGCUUGCCAAGAAGCUUAAACAGAACAGACCCAUCCCCCAUUGGGUUAGGAUGAGGACAGGCAACACCAUCAGGUACAAUGCCAAGAGGAGACACUGGAGACGUACCAAGCUCAAACUGUAAACACUUACAUCCUGGAAACUGCAACGUUUAUGUUCCAUCUUCAUCGACAUGUUUUAUUGUUUAACAAAUAAACACUGCUA